GGUACAGUUUGAGAAACUUUGCAAUGGAUAAAGCCGAGGCUCAGGGAAGGCGACAGCAGAGGACGUUUUACUUGUUGGUGGAGAUAAGUUUGCAACACCUUUUGGCAGUUGGGCGUAUGUAAUGUAAUCAGGAAUAGCUCUGUUAAAUGGAUUAGAACAGGGCAGCAUUUGGUGUUUCACAGCAUUUGGUGGGUGGCUUUCAGUGGAUGAUUAGUGGAGAACUGAAAUCUACAGAAUCAACAGGAAGAGGCAUCAGAAUUAAGGCCGAAAGGACAUGUUUUUCGUCCUUUUAGUCGUAUCACCUGUUACCAACUUAAGGCCUGCCUGUUAAAACCUGGAUGGCAGCGUUAAAGCUUAUUCCAGGUUUAGAAUCAAUAAUAUGGUUCCCUGGAGAUGUAAUGGAUUAUACUUGGGGGAAGUCUGCUUGCUCACUUGGACCGGCCUUCAAGUAGAAUCAGACUUGGACAGAAGGUUCAAAGCAAAGUGUUUUGAGGCUCAGCUGAAUGAGGUAAUUGUGCAGGUGCUGGCAGUUGGCAGAGUUUAAAGUUGACUUGAGUUAGGCUGGCAAGAUUUAUGUUUUAAAGAUGAUUAUUGAGAAGGGUGUAUUGAUUGUCUGCAGAAGGUCAGAUUAUGAUUACUUGUGGGGGGUCAGGGGGCUGCUUAGACAUAUCGGUUCCACAAGUAACACUGUGGGAUGAGUUGGGUUUUAGGGGGAUGAUUUGAACAGUUAGGUUAAGUAUUCAUUAGUUAGCUGGUUGAAGAACUCACAAUGUUCCUGUACUGGAAGAAGCGCGGAGCCUAUGAGCUGGAGGCGCUGCCCUCUUCUCUCACUCAAUUGGGAAUAGAGCGCUACUCCUGGUCCUCAUCCCUGGACGUCAUCCAUGAUCUGUGUGAUGACAAGCCCGUCCAGGAGGAGGACUGGGUGGUGUGCCAGCACCCUGAGUGUCCUGAGCGCCGGAGGGCCUCUAAGGUUUGCCACCACCCGGACUGCCUAGACCUGAAUAACAAAAGCCCCCUUCACCUGUGUGAGUCAUGUGACUCACGCUGCCAUUCAGAGAACACAGACAACAUGCACUUUGACCGGCACCCCCGAUUUGACUUACAACCUCAAGCCUCCAUCCUGGCUCGGAACGUGUCCACACGCUCCUGUCCCCCGCGCACCAGCCCCCCCUCGGACCUAGAGGAAGAGGAUGAGGGGAGCAGUGACCGCGGGGAGCGUAAAACAGGGGGGAUGAAGUUGGUGAAAAAGAAGCCACGGAGACGACACACUGAUGACCCCAGUAAGGAGUGCUUCAGCCUUAAGUUUGAUCUCAACGUGGACAUAAACACAGAAAUUGUACCAGCAAUGAAAAAGAAAACCUUGAGAGAGGUUUUAGCUCCAGUGUUUGAGAGGAACGGCAUUGAGCUGUCCCGGGUCGACUUGUUCCUGGAUCAGUCCAACACGCCGCUGUCCCUCAACUUUGAGGCCUACCGUUUUGGAGGGCACUACCUCAAAGUCAAAGCACGGCUGGGUGAUGAGCUGAAGGUGGAGCAGAGUGUGAAGGACCUGCGCUCGCUCAGUCUGCCCAACAUGAAGGCCUCUGCAUGCCAGAGCCCCUACAUCCUCGCCCCGGCCAGCGAGAAGGUGGAGCAUGGAUCUCUGGGGCGCAAAGAAAGCGUUGAUCUGUUGGUGAGUUGCAUAGGACCGAACGGGACCGUAGUUUCAUCUCACGGUGGUUACAUUUCAUGUGACACUCCAGCUCAUAAUAAUAAUACGAAACUGUCUCUCAGACUCAUCAAACCAAAAUACACCACCCCUUUAAACCAGACAGACACACCCAGUGACUCUUACUGCUUCGCCACACCCUUUACUAUUUUCCAUAACUUCACCUUUUCUCCCAGCAGUCCCAUGAUGAGUCAGCUGCGAAGGAGGAAGAACAUGACAGGUCCUAGGGAGACAAUAUUCCUUACCCCGGAUGCUCUGGAUCAGAAUCGGAGGAUCCCUGCCCAGCGCUGGAGCCGGCCGACAGCGGAAGAAACUGGCCGCCAGCCGCUCACUGGCUUCUUCAGCUCCAACGCUGGAAGCAACCUGGCCAGAAUCCUUCACCAGGCCUGCGACCUCUUGCACCCUUCCACAUUGCAGCUGAUGAACCACUGGAGUGGACCGUCUGAGCAGCUGCCAGAAGCAAACUCCCACCACACAAUGUUUCGUGCUGCCCAAAGUGCCGCCGCAGCUCCCUUCCACCAGGACUUUCCUGGGGAGGAGAGGAGGAGGAGAACCAACCUUAACCCUGGAGGACAGUUGGCAGAUGCCUGCUGGACAAACUCAGACACACUGACGAGGCGACAGUUCCACCAGCAGGAGGCGAUAUGGGAGCUGCUGCAGACCGAGGCCACCUACAUAAAGAAACUCCGAGUCAUCACUGAUCUGUUCCUGAGUGGGCUGCUGAACCUGCAGGAGAGUGGUCUGCUGACUGAGGCGGAGCCCCCAAAGCUGUUCAGUAACAUCCAGGAGAUCGUCCGCCUCCACACGUCCCUGUGGAACCAGGUCAUGCUGCCUGUCCUGGAGAAAGCCAGACAGGCCCGGGCUCUGCUCGACCCCACUGACCUCCACCACGGCUUCAGGACGUUUGGCUCCAGGUUCCAGCCCUACAUCCGUUACUGCAUGGAGGAGGAGGGCUGUAUGGAGUACAUGCGCACACUUCUCAGGGACAAUGAGCUGUUCAGGACCUACGUCACGUGGGGAGAGACGCAUAAGCAGUGUAACCGUCUGAAACUGGCUGAUAUGGUAGCGAAGCCCCACCAGAGGCUGACCAAAUAUCCACUCCUGCUCAAGAGUAUUCUCAAGAAGACGGAUGAGCCGUCGGCCCGCGAGAUUGUCAAUAGCAUGGUGGCCACAGUAGAGCGCUUUAUCAACAGCGUGGACUCCCAGAUGCGACAGCGGCAGGAAAAACAGAAGCUGGCCACCAUUUCUGCUCGUAUAGACUCCUACGAGGCCGUAGAGGGCAGCAGUGAGGAAGUGGAGAAGAUCCUCAAGGAGUACAACCGCUUCGACCUAAUGGCUCCCAUGAGAGGAAUAUCUCCGGAGGAGACUCGACAGCUGCAUCUUGAGGGAGCGCUGAGGAUGAAAGAGGGCAAAGACAGUAGGAUGGAAGUCUAUUGUGUCCUGUUCACUGACCUGCUGCUAAUUACUAAGCCAGGGAAAAGAGUGGAGAAAGUCAAAAUCAUCCGCCAACCUCUUCUCAUUCACAAUGUCGUCUGUAAGGAGCUCAAAGACCCCGGCUCAUUUAUCCUCAUCUACCUCAAUGAGUUUAAGAGUGCAGUGGCAGCCUACACUUUCCAAGCCAACAGCGCCACCCAGGGGCGAAGCUGGAUCGAUGCAAUCUGCAAUGUCCAGAACCAGCUCCAGAGGCUCCGCAAUGAGGAGGUCCUCCGGCAGCAGAGCAGUCUGAAGAGAUGUACAGAGGGCGAGUUAGAAGAGGAGGAGGAAGACGAGAGCAGCAACUCCACUACUAGCUCCCCAUGCCUGAGGCACAAAGACCAGCAAAACUCAAGUCAAUCCGAUGGUUCCACUGAGACCCUGUCAGUGAUGGACAUUGAUGAACCAGGUGAACACCAGGAUCCUCCUUCCCCAAACAUGAACCUCGAUGGAACCGCUGAAAAAGACGCCGACGUGGCUCCACUGUGUGAAAGGUCUGAGGUCCCGCAGUCUCAGUGCACGAGCCCCCGCAGAGUCCCCUCCACCAUUUACUCUGAGCACGAACAGGAGAUAGGGCCUGACGAAGAGGAGCUGGACCCCCAGUGUCGCUCUCUCUCCAUGGACAGCGCCUACGGUACCCUCUCCCCCGAAUCCCUCCUGAGAGAGCUUCAGCCACAGCCCGGCCAGAGCGAGGGAGAGGAGACCGAGGAGGAAGAGGGAGACAGGGAGGGUGAGGAGGCGGAGCAGGAAGAGGCAGGAAUUGAGGAGGUAGAAGAAGAAGAGGAAGAGGAUGCUGCCUCACUGGGGUCCCAGCUGUCAGUAGUCCAGUCCUCUAAACCUCGCCGGCGGCCUCACAUUCAGCCACGAUUCCACUGCCUCCAGAGGCUGUCCACUCUGGCCUUAUCCCGCUCUGAGGACAAUCUGCUGCAGCGCUUCCACGGUAAAGCCCCAGUAUCUCACAAACACUCACUUCGCUCUGAGGUUCAGGACCAAUCACAGUGCAGGGACAUGAACACGUCACCGCUGGCACACAGUCGAAGCCUGUCAGAGCUGGGCCAAAACUGCCUGGAGCUGUUUUCCAGUGACCUCGACCAGUCUGAAGACUGCUUGAGCAUGAGCAUGCCAUCCGACAAACUCUGUGCCACCCUGAGGAGGGCGGAGGUCAGGCACGGCUACAGGGCGCCUGACGGACCUUGUGAGGGUAACGAGUCUCAAAGCAACAGCUCAGACGGGGAAACGGCUCCAUCUGCCUGCGUAGAUAAGAAAAACGAGUCGACAGCCACUGGUGAUUCAGGGGAAGUGACAUCCAAAAAGAGGAAAUCACCAGUCCAACAGCACAAGAAGCUGACUCUAGCUCAGCUGUAUAGGAUACGCACCACUCUUGUCCUCAACUCCACACUCACUGCAUCGGAGGUAUAACCACUCUUUCAAACAGCUGACCAGUGGCACGUGGGCAUAAUAAGGAACAACACUUGUUUUGCUUCGAUGGACUGAAUUUCUUGAGACACAAAUGCACUCUCUCUUGCUGCCCUCUCCCUUCCUGUUGCUUUUUGGACUCUGAUAGUACCAUUUUUGCAUUUGAACAAUAACAAACUUUUUUUUUUUUUUGCUGUUGCAUUGGUUUCCGAAUUACUCGAGUGGAAGGGAGAGGCAGAGAGACAUUAACUGCUUGCACUUUGCAACGGAAGUAGCGUUAUGGGGGCUUGGACCUUAAGGUGGACUGGCGGAGGGGGGUGUGUAUGUGUGCAAAGUGUGGAAGUGCUGCACCUGCAGAGGGAUGAGACAUCCAGGUAGCGGUCUUAAAACCUCAUCCCUGCGCUUUGCACCGGAGAGAAGGUGGAGCUGAAUCCUGCAUCUUCUCCGUCUCUGUUGAGUCGAAAAAGAAAGAGACUUUUGAAAAUCUCUACACGUGGCAAAAAAAAAAAAAAAAACAGCACCAAGGACAUCCUCCUAAUAUUUGUACUACUCCUGGUUUGCUUCAACAAAAGAAAAAAAAUGAGAAUUGCACAGUUAUCUAUGUUAAGUAGAAGAAUCACUAAGGAGUGAAUUUACAUUUACAGUCACACAAUGAAUUAGAAUUUAUUGUUUGCUGUUUGUGUCUGCUCGUGUACAGAUGUGUGUGUGAGAGUGUGUGAGAAUGUGUGAACGAGUGUGUGUUGAAAUGAUACAUGGUCCUCGAUUCCUGACUGAACCAAAACUGAUUCCCAUCUCCUGUGAAGACCUGAGUAGCUGGUAGGCUCCCAACAAAAAAAGUGCGCCCAAAGGUCCAAAACAGCCAGUCAUGAUUUCAUAAAAACAGCUGCAUCACCACACAGAUGGACCUUCUUUACUGUUAUCUUGGUUGAACUAAUGCAAUUUGGUAUGUGGAACUAAUGAAAAGAUGAGUUGAUUUCCUAAAAAACAAUGACUGAAUUUAAUAAGCAGUUGUGAGGAAUUUCCUGCACUAUAUAUAUAUAUAUUUUAUGGCUUAAGUGUCCACUCACUCUUGAGGCCUAAAUGUAGUAAAACCACAUACACAAAAGCACAAGCAAGAACAAGCUCAUAGGGGGGAAAAAAAUACAAAAAGAAGUCGACACUUUUCCUGGGCCGGAGCACCAUUUUCUCCGAGACAUUUCAUUGCUUGUGUUUCUUUAGGAUGGUAACACUAAUAAGAGAUUGAAGAUAAGGUUUGGGUUGGAUAUUCUGAGUGAAUCUGCAGAGCUGGCUUUAACACUUUUUCCAGGAGAUUGAUCAAAUAAAAAAAUAAAAAAAACUGCAUUGACCACCACAGAAACUUCACAUUCACACUUGAUGUGUUCAGCUUUUCAGAUCAGUGAUUUAUAACCUUAUUCCAAACAUUUCCCAAACCAAAUAGGUUAACUCUGUUUACUUUUAGUUUUUUUUUGUUUAUGUGUAAUAUUUAUUAUGCCUGCUAUGUUUUAUAUAUAAGAUAUUGUUUAUAUUGUUUGCUUCCAUGAUUUGUAAAUUUUUUUUGUGGAUGUAGUCUUAAUAAUUUCAACUUGCCAGGCAUGAAUGUGCUAUGAACCAAAAUCAUGUGUUUCCUCUUUCAGGAAUGACUUUAAAGUGUCUUACAAAAUAAAAAUGCUAAAAUACUUUACAAUCCCUCUUUUAAUGGUUUAAUCCAUUGUAAUGGAGUGAUUUAAGGGGGAAAGGCUGAAUCUGAAUGGCAUCGCAUUAAAACAACAUGAACUGGU